GAGCGAAGAAGAGUUGCUGCAGGGGCACUUGCUCAUGGUUAAAAGGGAAAGGGAAAGAGGUCGCGAAUCUGACGUGGGGCAGAGUGCGUGACAAUGGGUGGGCAGGGCUUUCCUUUCUCCCCGGCCUGGCGGUGCUGAAGGGGGAGAGCGGUUUGUACUCGACGGCCCUCCUCCUCCUCCUCCUGUCCCCAUAAAGGAGCUUGACUGGAGAGAGCCUUCACGUCUCAUGCCCCUUCGGCUCCGCCUGUGCCAACCUGACCAGCUCGUUCCAGAUCGCGCACCUGUCCUUCCCCACCUCUCCGCCUUGGGGCCGCAGUGGGGUUGGGUGGCCGCCUCCCCGCGUGCUCUCCAGCCCCUCUGCGCCCCCUACCAUCCAUGGACGGGGCGGGCGCCGCGCCUUGAGGAUGGAGAAACUGGCGAAGUUCCCAUCCCGGGGCGCCUUUGCGCCGGGCCAGCCGCAGCCUCCGCAGCAGACGGACGACGACGACGACGAAGAGGACGAAGAGGAGGACGAGGACUGCUACGCCGAGCUGCUGGCCCAAGGCUUGCUGGACGAGGCGCCCCAGGCCGGCUCGCUGCCCGGAGGACGGCGCCGUGGGGCCCCCGAGCCGGGGCUCCGCGCUGGGAUCAAGGCAGAAAUUCAUUUUAACCGUGAACCCCUUUCCUUGGAAGAGGAAGAUGGAAAGAGCCAGGAAAGUAAGAUAAAAUCUCUGAACAAACACUCGCCUCCAAAGAAAACGAUCACUCAGAUGAUGAAGGAUAAGAAGAAGCAGACGCAGCUCACCUUGCAAUGGUUGGAAGAGAAUUAUAUUGUAUGUGAAGGGGUUUGUUUGCCGAGGUGCAUCCUCUAUGCACAUUACCUGGACUUCUGCAGGAAGGAGAAACUUGAACCUGCCUGUGCUGCCACAUUUGGGAAGACUAUUCGUCAGAAAUUUCCUCUUCUCACCACAAGGCGGCUGGGCACCAGAGGCCACUCAAAAUAUCACUAUUAUGGAAUUGGCAUUAAAGAAAGCAGUGCAUACUAUCACUCAGUGUAUUCUGGAAAAGGUUUGACAAGGUUUUCUGGAAGCAAGUUGAAGAAUGAGGGUGGAUUCACUCGGAAAUAUUCACUGAGCUCCAAAACUGGGACUCUCCUUCCAGAAUUCCCCAGCGCCCAACACCUUGUACUGGAUGGGUGCAUCUCCAAAGAAAAGGUAGAUACCCUCAUCAUGAUGUACAAAACCCAUUGUCAGUGUGUCCUGGACAAUGCCAUUAAUGGAAACUUUGAAGAGAUCCAACAUUUUCUAUUACAUUUUUGGCAAGGAAUGCCCGACCACCUCCUCCCCCUGCUUGAAAACCCUGUGAUCAUUGACAUCUUCUGUGUUUGCGACUCAAUACUAUACAAGGUCCUUACAGAUGUACUCAUCCCUGCAACUAUGCAAGAAAUGCCAGAAAGUUUGUUGGCUGAUAUAAGAAAUUUUGCUAAAAACUGGGAACACUGGAUUGUUUCAUCACUAGAAAAUCUACCAGAAGACCUUGCAACAAAGAAAUUACCCAUAGCACGAAGAUUUGUAUCUUCACUGAAGCGCCAAACCUCCUUUCUGCACUUAGCUCAGAUUGCUCGACCAGCUCUUUUUGAUCAACAUAUAGUGAACGCCAUGGUUGCUGAUAUUGAGAAAGUAGAUCUGCACAGCAUUGGAUCUCAGGCAUUGCUCACAGUCUCAGGAAGCAUGGUUUCUGAGGGAGAGGGCUACGUUGAAUAUGACUCUAUUACAGUGUUCCAAGAACUGAAGGACCUUUUAAAGAAGAAUGCCACUGUGGAGUCCUUUAUUGAAUGGCUGGAUACUGUGGUUGAGCAAAGGGUUAUCAAGGCAAGUAAGCAGAAUGGUCGAUCCCUAAAGAAGAGGGCACAAGACUUUCUUCUCAAAUGGAGCUUUUUUGGAGCUCGAGUAAUGCACACUCUCACUUUGAACAACGCAUCAAGUUUUGGUUCAUUUCAUUUGGUCCGCAUGCUUUUAGACGAAUACAUCUUGCUUGCCAUGGAGACCCAGUUUAACAACGACAAAGAACAAGAACUCCAGAAUCUGUUGGACAAGUAUAUGAAGAAUCUGGAUGCCAGUAAAGCUGCUUUUACUGCAUCCCCAAGCUCUUGCUUCCUAGCGAACCGCAGCAAGGCUGGUACACUUUCCAGUGAUGCUUCAGUGAAAAAUGAAUGCCUAGUGGAGCAAGCCUAUUUUCCUCUGCCAACCAAUCAGCACAACAGCAUGUCCUCUGGUCUGAAUCCUUUCUCCAUGGGGAACCCUGAAAAUAUGCAGCUAACAGGUCAAACAGAGCUCUCUCAAAGCACAGGUCAUCUCAUGACUCCGCCCAUAUCUCCAGCCAUGGUUGGCCGAGGAAGUGUCAUCAACCAGGGACCGAUGGCAGGCAGGCCUCCUAGUGUAGGUCCACCGCUGUCAUCUCACUCCCACUGUGCAUCUUAUCCGGAGCCGCUGUACCAGACUGUGCCACAAACCAACCAAAACUUUUAUGGAGUCAGUGCUGGUUACCCAGUCAUGUUCAGGACCCAGACUCACCCAUCUUCUGCACCCUAUCAGCACAGGGCAGAGGCCAGCCAUUUUGCAGCCAGCAAUGAGCAGCAGCGCUUCUCCAGAGACUACUUCAGCAGCAGCUGCGCUGUAUCUCCAUACAGCACGAGGUCACCCCCUAACUAUGGGUCCUCUUCGACAGUACAGGAGGCACACAGCAUGCAAUUUCUGAACAGCGGGAGCUACAACUUCAUGAACAGUCCAGCAGCUAGCUCUGGUCAAGGAUCGUCAUAUUCCUCAAAUGCUUCCAAUGGGUUCUAUGGGAAUAAUAUAAAUUACCCGGAAUCCCAUCGGCUCGGGUCAAUGGUGGAUCAGCAUGUUUCAGUCAUCAGCAGCAUCAGCAGCAUUCGACCAUUGCCUCCAUACAGUGACAUUCACGAUCCACUUAGCAUCUUAGAGGAUGCUGGAAGGAAACAGGGAGCAUCAUAUUUUGCAGAUGCCUCGAUAGCCUGUCAGAACCCGCUAACUUCAGAUCUGCAGCCUGCUAUAUCUGCAUCCUCCUCCCAAUGUAUGUAUGGACAUUCUAGACAAUGCCCUUCGCAGGAAGCAAUGGAUUCUUCUGGGCAAGGUAAUAGUGAGAUGGUCUCCACCUUGCCACCAAUCAAUACUGUUUUCAUGGGAACUGCUGCUGGAGGCACCUGACUUCCAGAAGUGGCUGCACCCAGUCUUCAGUCCCAGGACUUGAUGGCGAAUAGGAAUGAAAAAGUAUUACACAUAAUGUUUUAAGACUACCAAGAAGAUUUUACAAUGCACUGAAAAAGCAACUACAGCUGGUUGCAGAGUCCAUCCUGUCUCAAGUGUCUCUGGUCUUAAACACAGGAAAAGAGAUUGUCCAUUGCAUUUCCUCUCCUUGUCACAAUUAUAACCAAUAUUCUUGCUUUUUUCCGUGUAAUCAGGAUGCUGUUCUUUCUUGGUGAUCACUUUGCUGCCCCUUGAUGCAUGGUGUACCAUAUGCACCACCUCGUGGUUACAACAGUGUGCAGGUUCACACCUGACAAUGGGUUGGCUAGUCUGGAUUUAACAGCUUUGCUGCACCAUUAUCAUGUUCUAGAUCAUCUAACAGCAACACCCCUAAAUCACAGAGUUCUGGUGUUGCUCUGAGGCAGCAGUUGCUGCUCUCCAACCUAUAAAGAAGGCAUAAUCAGAGUGAACUCUCUUGUUCAACUUAAAUGUCCUAGUUACCAUCCUUUCUCUAAUUAAUUUUGUACAGGCACUGGAUAUGUGCCAAUAUGCACUUGGUUCACUACUGUAUUACACCAAGUGCUUUGUACUCCAUAUUUGCUGCAUGCAUAGUGAAGUGUAGCUUUAUUUUACACCUGCUAGCUUUUGUGCACCGGCCCUAGAUAUCUUUAGUAUGUACAUACUGCUCACAGUUGGCAUCCAGCAACUGAACUGGAAAGAGGUCAGGUGAGCAGCACAACCCCACCACUCUGCUCGCUACUGGCUCCAGGUAGGCCUGGAUACAACUCCUGCCUUGAAGAACAAUUGCCAGUCAGCACAGAGUAGAAGAUUCUGAGCUAGAUGGAUCAAUGGUCUGAUGCAGCAGAAGGCAGCUUCCUAUGUUCCCACACCACAAAGUCCAUGAAGCAGUGUGACUGUGACAGUGGUGCACUUACGUGAAACAUCUGGUGCCUGAGUAAUGUGACAGCAGCCAUGAACUAUAGUGCUUGCCUAUGUAACAUCCCAUGUGUACAUGAACACACCUACCAUAUGAGUAAGCCUUUCAAUAUAUAAAAUCAGAAUGCCAGUCCAUGAUCCAUGUGAGCUGGUGAAAUUUUCACAGUAUUUCUCCACAAAGCACUGAAAUAUUUGCUUGUUUUUUGUUGCUAAAGUCCCAGAAUGUUUGUCUUUCUGCUCUGCUUUGUUGUGCCAUGUCUUCAAAGCAAGAAAAACCAGCGAUAAUUUCCAAUGAAUUGUGGGGGGAAACAAUCCUCUGCCUCAUUAUUCCUCUAAUUUAUAUUUAAAAAGCAGUUGUCCUGUAUAC